AUGGGCCAAGCACAGAGUACCCCCCUCUCCCUCCUUCUCGCUAAUUUCGGGGAUGUAAAGUCCCGAGGACACAACUUCAGUCUGGAUAUCCGGAGAAGAAAACUAAUUACCUUCUGCCGCUCUGAAUGGCCAACUUUCGGGGUUGGCUGGCCCACCGAGGGUACCUUUUGUCUUCCUAUAAUCCUAAAAGUUAAAUCUAGAGUUUUCUUGCCAGGAAAAGAAGGCCAUCCGGACCAGAUCCCCUACAUCCUGGUAUGGCAGGACCUGGUAGAAAACCCUCCUCCCUGGAUGACCCCCUUUUUGUCAUCAGGGUCAUGUAAGAUCCUUGCGGCCCGACCAACUAAACCUCCCAAGCCUCAGACCCGAACUGCACCCAUACUCUCUGACAGCCAAGACCUCCUUCUCCUAGACCCCCCCCCAUAUCAAUCUCCUCCUGUGGCCCCACAACCAGUCCCCCUUCCUGCUCCUGGCUCUGCUCCUCUCCCCUUGGUAGAACCUCCUGCGGCCCCUCCCGGAGGGCCACCCAGGCCAGAACCGGAGGACCGAGAGGCAGAGGCACUACCGGUCCCCCUGCCCAAUGAAAAUAAUUCCCAGGGGCCGGCUGGGCGUACUCGCGGACGCACUCAGCGCGACCCAGGGUUCCGCCAUCCUGAUUCCACCAUAGCCCUACCCCUGCGAGAAAUAGGCCCUCCCGAUGAGACAGGGAACCCCCGACUCCAGUAUUGGCCAUUCUCUACCAGUGACCUAUAUAAUUGGAAAACCUAGAAUGCCCGUUUUUCUGAUAAUCCUAAAGACUUGAUAGCUCUUCUAGAUAGCGUUAUGUUCACUCAUCAGCCCACCUGGGAUGACUGCCAACAGCUCCUCCGGAUCCUAUUCACUACCGAAGAACGGGAGCGAAUCCAGCUGGAGGCGAGAAAACUGGUUCCUGGAGAUGAUGGUCAACCCACCGCUAACCCUGACCUCAUCAAUGCAGCUUUUCCCUUAACUCGCCCCCCGCAGGAUGAAUGGGACUAUAACACCGGAGAAGGUAGGGGACGACUGCUCAUUUAUCGCCAGACUCUAAUGGCGGGUCUCCGGGCUGCCGCGCGCAAGCCCACUAAUUUGGCCAAGGUAUAUUCAAUCGUACAAGGUAAAACAGAAAGUCCCUCCUCUUAUUUAGAAAGAUUAAUGGAAGCCUUUAGGCAGUAUACCCCUAUGGAUCCAGAGGCCCCCGAAAAUCAGGCCGCCAUUGUAAUGUCCUUCGUUAACCAGGCAGCCCCUGAUAUUAAAAAGAAACUCCAGAAGUUAGAAGAUCUGGAGGGCAAACAGAUACAGGACUUACUCCGUAUCGCCCAGCGCGUCUUUAAUAACCGGGACGCCCCAGAGGAUAAACAACUUAAAGCCACUGAGAAAAUGACUAAAGUCUUGGCGGCCAUUGUUCAGAAAGAUCAAGAGGGCCCCCCAGCCACUCGACCUCCCAGGCGACCAUUGGACAGAGAUCAAUGUGCCUAUUGCAAGGAAAAGGGCCACUGGGCUCGGGAAUGCCCCAAGAAAAGGCAGCCGCGCCCCAACCAGGGGCAAUGGCAACCGAACGCCACCCCAGUCCUGUUUACGCAUGAUACAAAGUAGGGGGGACGGGGUUCGGAGCCCCUCCCCGAACCCAGGGUAACCCUACGAGUGGAGGGGAAACCAGUCCAAUUCCUGGUGGAUACAGGGGCACAGCAUUCGGUCUUGGUUAAGCCCCACGGGAAAAUUUCUAACAAAUCCUCCUGGGUCCAGGGAGCUACGGGAGUCAAACGUUACCUAUGGACCACUCAGAGAACUGUGGACUUGGGCACGGGAAGGGUAACCCAUACCUUUCUGGUCAUUCCCGAUAGCCCUUGCCCCUUACUGGGGAGGGACUUACUCACUAAAAUGGGAGCACAAAUUCAUUUUCGGCCAGAGGGGCCAAUCGUAACAGACCCUCACGACCAACCCAUAUCUGUGCUCACCCUGAACUUGGAAGAUGAGUACCGACUUCACCAGGAACCACCCUCCCAAAAUCAAGAUAUAGAGUCAUGGCUUCAGCAGUUCCCCGAAGCAUGGGCAGAAACAGGGGGGGUGGGACUAGCCAAACACCGCCCAGCCCUAUUCAUAGAGAUCAAACCGGGGGCAGAUCCUGCACGUGUCCGACAGUAUCCCAUGCCCCUAGAGGCCAAGACUGGUAUCACUCCUCAUAUUCGCCGGCUUCUUGACCUGGGGAUACUGCGUCCCUGCCAGUCGGCCUGGAAUACACCCCUGCUGCCAGUCCGCAAACCUAACAGUAAAGACUACCGCCCAGUGCAGGACCUGAGGGAAGUCAACAGCACCCGAGGCAACAAUUUGGCAGACCAGACGGCUCGAAAGGCGGCACACACUCCAAUACCAUUACUUCCCCUGCAACUGCCGGAUCCAGGCCCCCGGGAACUACCGCCCCAACCCGACUACUCGGAGGAUGACAUCAGAUGGAUGAGCAAGCUUCCUCUAACCCAGGUUAGAGACGGAUGGUGGCGGGACGCUAAGAACAAUAUCCUCCUUCCUGAGAGACUAGGAACCCUGGUCCUUGAACGGAUCCACCGUAGCACCCACUUGGGCGCCCGACGGCUACAGGAUCUCAUCAGGCAGACUGGACUUAAAAUUAAAAAUGUCUCCGAGAAGACUGAACGACUGGUUGCUGACUGUGCAGUCUGCCAACUCCAUAAUGCCAGCACCCACCCGCCAACCACUGGCAUCCGGGAGAGAGGAAACCAGCCUGGAGCCUACUGGGAAGUGGACUUCACGGAGGUAAAGCCUGGCAAAUAUGGGUAUAAAUAUUUACUGGUGUUUAUAGAUACCUUUUCAGGUUGGACUGAGGCAUUCCCAACCAAGAAUGAGACUGCACGAAUAGUAGCUAAGAAGCUACUAGAAGAGAUCCUGCCCAGGUAUGGCUUUCCAGUUAUGAUAGGGUCCGACAACGGGCCAGCCUUCGUUUCUAAGGUAAGUCAGGAUCUGGCUUCCAUACUUGGGGCUAAUUGGAAAUUACAUUGUGCAUACCGCCCCCAGAGUUCAGGACAGGUAGAAAGGAUGAAUAGAACUCUAAAAGAGACCUUGACUAAAUUGACCAUGGAGACUGGCGCUAACUGGGUAGUCCUACUCCCCUACGCUCUGUUUAGGGUGCGAAAUUCCCCCUAUAAGCUAGGAUUUACUCCCUACGAAAUAAUGCAUGGUAGGCCUCCUCCUAUCAUCCCUAACCUAAAGACUAACCUCAUCCAAUUGGACCCAGAAAAUAAUCUCCUGUCUUCCCUCCAAGCCUUACAGCGGAUACACGAGACAAUCUGGCCCAAACUAAAAGAGCUAUAUGCAACAGGACCCCCACCUACUCCACACCAGCUCCGGCCAGGUGACUGGGUCCUUGUCAAACGCCAUCGACAAGAGACCCUAGAACCCAGGUGGAAAGGACCUUACCAGAUCAUCCUGACAACGCCGACAGCCAUCAAGGUGGACCCAUUUUCUGACCUCAUCAAGUCCACUAAAGCUGACGUCACCUGGACUGUUGACCGGAAUAAGAACAAUCCCCUCAAACUGACUUUGCGCCGUACCCUCCCCCAUGAUGACCAAGGUACUGUUGAUAGCCCUAAUGAUAGUCCUAACCCUCAACCCUCGGGCCACGAGGGGAGGAUUCGGCCCUCCCCCCAAUAA